AUGCGUGCGUUUGCUGCCCAAUGGAUACCGCUGACACCAGAAGCCGCCCGGCUACCGAGUGCCAAAGUCGAAACAACGGUUCGAGAAGCCUGGCGCAAAGCCAGGAGAGAGAUGCUCAAGGUCAUCAAUCGCACAUCUUAUCGAUCUGUAUUUACCUUGUAUCUCUUUGCACAGACGCCCAUCCCGUUUGGCAUUUAUGAAGACGAGGAGCUCGAUGGUCUCAACAGUCUCGUAUGUAUGCAGACUGCAUUGUUGCAAUUGCAAUGGCUCCGAUCGCAUCGAAGCGUAGUACAGCGCAGCGAUGCAGGAACAUCAGAGUCCGCUGACGACGAUGCCAUCUCCCUCAAAUAUGUCGAUCUCGAAAGUCGAGCGUAUUGGUCGGCAAUGACAUGGGACACGUCGACGUCUCUACUCUCAGACUGCAGGACUUCAUUGACGUCCGGCUUGAAGGGUGCAUGCUCUGAACCGACAUGGCGCCUAGUCAAGGCUUUCCUAGUCGGUGCAUUUACGCCCAAAACGCAGAAGUGGCACGAAGACGGCUUCGAGUUGAACAAUCGGUGCGUGGAAGAGAUCAUGGGUGCAGCUACGAUCUGCAACACAUACAUUUGGAAGAACGUAACCUCGGUCAAGGAAGCUCUUCGCGAGGGAGUGAGUGGCGGCGAGGUCGACUUCGCUUGGAAGGCACUGCUUGACGCAUUCGAUAUAUUCGGUGCUUCAAUUCGACCUCUGCUGAUCAAAUGUGAUAUGAUGUCUCCAUGCCUAGACCAGCGCUUGCGGUUGAGCUUGUAUCAAGUCCAGCUUCGACAUUGUCUUGGUAUGCUGGUCUUGCUGGAGGCUCUCGAAGCUGCUGCUCGGUCGGACCUCCUUGGAGAGGUGCGCUCGUUGAACGACAUUGCUCUGACUACAUGCUUUGAUGUUCUCAAAUUCGGUUUGGAGAAUUCCUAUUCGAUCGAAAGUCCUGUGGAUGAAAGCGCACAUAUUCUUGGCUCGAGAUCAGACAUCACCUCGACACUGGUGGCGAUUAAUCCUUAUCCUCAAUACGUCGUCGACAUGGUGCUGAUAAUGCGCAAAAGGCUAGCUCGAAAUCAAAAUCAAAGCGAGAGUAUACAAGACACAUUCCCACACGAGAUGUCGAUAUUGUCUAGAUCGCUCCACCAACUUCCGCAAAGCGCAAGAUCCGUUCAGGAGGCCUUAGCUAAAGUAUCAACGCUGUGGAACGGAACGUAUGGUAUAUAA